CGCUGCUCACAGAGAGAGAUACAUUUCACAUGGAUAGCAGCACGAACAUUGCGUUCAAUCUUGAAACUGUUGGGCUAUAAAAUACUGGUGUCAUAUAUGAGACCUGCCUGAAAGAGAGAGAGAUGGAGAUUGGUACUAUCUCAACGCUGAGCCCGGUCAAUGAUGUCUUACCAUGGAAAGAGUUCUCCCACACAGCCCGUCUGAGCCCCACAGAGCCCCACGACACAGUUGGAUGGCUGUCCACUCUGCCUGCCCUUCACAAUCAUCAUCCACCCUGUCCCAUCUGUGAGAGAAUGCACCCGAGUGGCACKCAAUGCUCUGCCCCGGAGGAGAGCAGCAAGACCCCCACAGAACCUGGAGAGGCUCAGCUGGACUUCUACCUUAAACUGGGCUACWCCCCAGCGCAGGUCUGGACCGUGUUGCAGAAGUUUGGCCUGAACACAGACACUAACAGGGUUCUGGGGGAGCUGGUGCGGACGGGAGCCAGCCCAGAAGGGACUGAGAAGGAGGGAGCCCCAUCUACCAUGUCUAUCCUGGUGGCCCGAGGGGAGCCCCCCAGUAACCUGCCCCUCACCCCUCCGCCCAGCCGGGGUGAUGUACCCAGUGAGGAGGGAGAUGCCCUGAGACCCAUAGUGAUCGAUGGGAGCAACGUGGCUAUGAGCCACGGGAACAAGGAAAUGUUUUCCUGCCUGGGAAUCCAGCUGGCGGUAAACUUCUUCCUGGACAGAGGUCAUACUGAUAUCACCGUGUUUGUUCCCUCAUGGAGGAAGGAGCAGCCUAGACCAGAUGUCCUCAUCACAGAUCAACACAUUUUGCGUGAGCUGGAGAGGAAGAAGAUCGUGGUGUUCACCCCUUCGCGKCGGGUAGCAGGCAAACGGGUGGUCUGCUAUGACGAUCGCUUCAUCGUCAAGCUGGCGCAUGAGACCGCCGGCAUCAUCGUGUCCAACGACACCUACCGUGACCUUCAGGGCGAGAGGCAGGACUGGAAGCGUUUCAUUGAGGAGCGGCUACUCAUGUACUCCUUCGUCAAUGACAAGUUCAUGCCCCCUGAUGACCCUCUGGGUCGCCAUGGUCCCACCCUGGAGAACUUUCUACUGAAGGUUCCUCGGUUACCACGGAAACAGCCGUGCCCUUAUGGAAGGAAAUGCACUUACGGGAUGAAGUGUAAAUUCUACCACCCGGAACGAGCCAACCAAUCCCGUUGCUCUCUGGCUGACGAGCUGCGGAAGAAGGCCAAGCUAUCUUUAUCGGAACAUAAACACCCCACCGCAGGUGCUGGACCUGGCCUUUCUCUGGAAGAGGGGGUGGCUCAGAAACUGCCUCUAGAACAGAGGAAUGGCUCCCUGAAGAAAGGCCACAUCAGUGAGAAUGUGCUUCUGAUCAAGGGAAGCCAUCGUUCCAGCCGGAGGUCCCCAACUAAGAAGGACAAGGCCAACCGACACUUCAUGACCGAUCUGGACUCGGCCCUGCCCAAUGGCUCUCACUCCCCGACAGACCUGGACUCGGCCCUGCCCAAUGGCUCUCACUCCCCGACAGACCUGGACUCGGCCCUGCCCAAUGGCUCUCACUCCCCGACAGACCUGGACUCGGCCCUGCCCAGUGGCUCUCAGGAGCGGCUAGAUUCUGGACUUGGCUCCUUCGAGAGCCAGGUGUCUGACCCCUCCAGGGACCACUGUGACCGUUAUGGGAAGGCUGGGUACAGGAACUGCCUGUCCCCCCCCAGUAUGAGACAACAAAUCUAUUCCCUGCCUAGCAACCUGCCUUCUAGCCGCAGCUCUCAUUCUCCUCAGCCUUUACUGGGCCCCAGCGCAGGAUACCAACAACAUCGCAGCAGGGGCCCAGCCAGCACCCACAACAACACCCACAGCCCACAUCACAGCAUGGGCCCAGGCAGCACCUACCACCCAGGCAAGAUAAUCUACAGCCCCCCCUAUUACAUCAGCUAUGGGGCACCGAUAUAUCCAGUUGGGAAGCAUCAGUACAGGUACCCCAAUGACUUCCAACAGGAGAGCAGGGCCCACCCUCCACAGCAGACCUACUGGUCCGAUCCGUUCGGGACUUAUCCUCAGACUCUCCUUAGCACUGCUCAAGUAGAGAAGCAGAGACACUGGCUCCUCCCUCGGACYCAGCCCCACCCCCACGGGGAGGGCAGGGAGAGAGAGGAGGUCAGGAAGAAGCUGCUGGCUAUCUUUAACGGCUGUCUGGUGGACAAGGUCAUGGGCAUGUUUCCCCAGCUCAUAGACCCACAGAGAUUGGCUGCUGAGAUCCUCACCCUGCAGUCUCAGGGCCUGUGAUUGGCUCGUUGCGCUGGUAUGGUGGGGACUGGGAAUUGUAGUUUCUUUCAAUUGAAAGAAUCUCUUGUGAAAAACUGCAAGCUACUGUAAAGAUCUGUGUUGUGUCCAAGGUUUUGUAGUGUUUUCCACUUUGGGGAAACAUUGAUCUUCCUACUGUAUGUGCUCUGCCCAAUGUGAUCUUGCCACGUGUUUCAGGACCUAGGUUGCUUUUAAUGCUUCUGAUAGCAUGAAACCUGAGGCAAUGGAUUGUUGAUGCAAAUUGCAUCUUUUGGGAAAAAAAUAUAAUUUCUAGACUCUUGAAUGUAUUUUGAUGGGAAAAUGUAAUGUAUUUUGAUGGGAAAAUGUAAUGUAUUUGAUGGGAAAAUGUAAUGUAUUUGAUGGGAAAAUA